AUGGCCGCCGACGACGCGCCCCCCGGCCCACGCCACCUCGCCCACGCCCACACCGACCCCCUCGCCGGCGUCACGGGCGUCUACACGCCGCCGCACCUGCGCCGCACCGCGAGUCCCUUCCGCCCGCCGCCCCUCGACCCCGUCGUGCUCGACGGCCACCGCGCCGCCACGCCCGCUUCGCCCGCUCUCGGCCGCGCCGUCGCCGAGGAGUCCGCAGCCUGCUGCCCGAGCCGCCUUGCGCAUCAGCGACGUCGAGGCGCCGUUGGGAGGCGCCUCGUCGACAGACGACGCCGCCUCGCUCAUUACCAGCGCCCCCGUGCCCAUUGGCGGAGGAGGAAGCCGAGCCGGCGAAGACGCCGUGACGACGACCGGCAGGAGUCGCCUCUGCUCACGAGCCCGCUGCCAGGAAGCAGCGCCGACGGUGGAUCCUCGGGCAUGUCGGCAGCCAUCAUCGCCGGUGCCGUCGUCGGCGGCGUCGCUUUCCUCACAAUUUGCGCGCUCUCUUCUGGUCUGGCGAAGACAAGAAGAAGAGGCGCAGCACGCUACUGA